AAAAUUGUGUAAAAGCAGUAAAUAACCUAACGUAAUAUCCAUUUGUGUACAACGCUUGUAAAUAUGCCGCGUACCAAAGCGUCACCAAAAAAAUGUGUCAAAACAACUAAUUCACAUCCAAGCACAAAUACAUGGAUUUUUCUAAUGAAAGACGAUGGUUUUGACAAUACAGAUGGUGGUGUACCUGACGUUAUUAAAUUAAGACACCCAGCUUUAAAUCAACCUGCAAUGUUUGUAUUUAGUCCAGGCAACUUAACAGUACAAGAAGUUUUAACAUUUGAUGAAAAUAAAAGAUCAUGGUUUAUAGAUGAUAAUGUAAAAUCUGAUGGAAAACUACAUUUAUCUACUCCUAUUGAUCCAAUAUUUUUAAUAUUACCUUAUUUAAGAAAGUCACAACAAGCACAGCCACUAGAACAAUGUCUGUGGGAUGAAGAUUUUCCAGAGACAUCUCGACUUAUUCAGUGUCAGAAUUUAAAACUAGCAUCAAUUGCUGACCGUAAAGGAAAUGAAUCGUUGCAAGCCUAUAAAUUCAAUGAAGAAAAAACAUUAAUGUGGUUACAAAAGAAAGUUGAAAGAGUAGUUGAAGUAUUAAAACAGAAGGAUAUCCAUGUAUCACAGGGUGCUAUUAGUGCUACUUACGUAAAAAGUUCUAAGCUUGAGACUGUUUCAGAAAUGGAAUAUUUGAAAUAUGCACAUGGCAUUGUAUCAGAAUAUCUUGCAGAAGAUUUAUCAAAAAAAUUAGCACAACAUUUAAAUUUACCAGAUGAAACUGAAAAUAAGAAACGAAAAUUAAAUAGUCCUAAAGAUACUACUGAUGAAAAAAGGUCUAAGAAAGAUACAACUGAAAAUGAAUCAAUAUUAAAACCAAAAAUACCUGACUCAACCAAAUUAGAAAAGCCACAAAAAACUGCUAUUGGUAAGAAAGAAUUAGCUAGACAAAAAGCAGCAACUGGUUCCAAGAGUAUUACUAAUUUCUUCAAGAAAAAAUAAACCUUAAAUAGUUUUAAAAAUCUAAAAUACAUCAACCUUUAAAAUUUCAUAUAUUGCAAUACAUACACAUACAAUUUUUAG